AUGGCGGCUCUCAAACGCCUCUCCGCCUGGCCCUGGCGCUGCGCCUCCACCUGCCGCUCCGGCGGCAUCUGGUCCAAGGGAUGUGUUGGCUACUUUUCAACCAGUACACAUCGCCAUACCAAAUUUUAUACAGAUCCAGUGGAAGCUGUAAAAGACAUCCCUGAUGGUGCAACGAUUCUGGUUGGUGGUUUUGGGUUAUGUGGGAUUCCAGAGAACCUUAUAGGAGCUUUACUAAAGACUGGAGUAAAAGGGCUGACUGCAGUCAGCAACAAUGCAGGGGUUGACAACUUUGGCUUGGGCCUUUUACUCCGAUCCAAGCAGAUAAAACGCAUGGUGUCUUCGUAUGUUGGAGAAAAUGCAGAAUUUGAACGACAGUACUUGAGUGGUGAAUUGGAAGUAGAGCUGACACCUCAGGGCACGCUUGCGGAGCGGAUUCGUGCAGGUGGGGCUGGCGUUCCUGCAUUUUACACCAGCACCGGGUACGGGACCCUGGUGCAACAAGGAGGGUCACCGAUCAGAUACAACAAGGAUGGCAGCAUUGCCAUUGCCAGUAAGCCAAGAGAGGUGAGGGAGUUUAAUGGCCAGCAUUUUAUUUUGGAGGAAGCAAUUACGGGAGAUUUUGCUUUGGUGAAAGCCUGGAAGGCAGACCAAGCAGGAAAUGUGAUUUUCAGGAAAAGUGCAAGGAAUUUCAACUUGCCGAUGUGCAAAGCGGCAGAAACCACAGUGGUGGAGGUUGAAGAAAUUGUGGAUAUUGGAUCAUUUGCCCCAGAAGACAUCCAUAUUCCUAAGAUUUAUGUACAUCGCCUUAUAAAGGGAGAAAAAUAUGAGAAAAGGAUUGAGCGUUUAUCAGUCCGGAAAGAGGAAGAUGUAAAAGCCAAAUCCGGUAAACCUGGAGAUAAUGUAAGGGAACGUAUCAUCAAGCGGGCAGCUCUUGAAUUUGAAGAUGGCAUGUAUGCUAAUUUGGGCAUAGGAAUCCCGCUUCUGGCCAGCAACUUUAUCAGCCCAAGUAUCACAGUUCAUCUGCAAAGUGAAAAUGGAAUCCUGGGUUUGGGUCCAUAUCCGCUACAAAAUGAAGUUGAUGCAGAUCUAAUCAAUGCAGGCAAGGAAACAGUUACUGUUCUUCCAGGAGCCUCUUACUUCUCCAGUGAUGAAUCAUUUGCAAUGAUUAGAGGGGGCCAUGUGAAUCUAACAAUGCUAGGAGCAAUGCAGGUUUCCAAAUAUGGUGACCUGGCUAACUGGAUGAUACCUGGGAAGAUGGUGAAAGGAAUGGGGGGGGCUAUGGAUCUCGUGUCCAGUGCUAAGACCAAAGUGGUGGUCACCAUGGAGCAUUCUGCAAAGGGAAAUACACAUAAAAUCAUGGAGAAAUGUACAUUGCCACUGACUGGAAAGCAGUGCGUCAACCGCAUCAUUACUGAAAAGGCUGUGUUUGACGUGGACAACAAGAAAGGACUGACUCUGAUUGAACUCUGGGAAGGCCUGACCGUGGAUGACAUCAAAAAGAGCACUGGGUGUGAUUUUGCAGUUUCACCAAAACUCAUACCAAUGCAGCAGAUCACAACUUGA